AGUGUAGUGGGGAGGGGAGAAUUAAAAGUGAGUAAGGGGAGAAGCUCGUAGGCGACAGUCACUUUUCAAACCAGUCUGCAGGUGGUAGACUCUCUCACAUCGAAUAUUUUUUAUUUUUUUUGCAUGAUGUAACAAAGAUUGAGAAAACAAAGAAAAUAAAGUAAUUGCAAGGGAAUAGCACGGUGGCGUAGCCAGUUUAUUUUCAAUGUAGCUGGACACGGAAUAGUUUCUCUGUUGACUCUGUAGCCAGCCUAUAUUUUACACGCAGCUCUCCAUUUUUCAAAGGAUAAUGAUGGACUUCAAAUGGACAAUAAUGAGUAAUUAAAUGCUAUGAAAAUAGGGGUGCCUAUUCAAUUGAAGUAUUUCUAAUUCAUUCAUACGCGUUUGGCGCUAUAAUUAUGGAUACUUUUUUCAGGAGAAAGAGGAUAUUGAAAACUCUCCUGAGCUUGUCUCUCGUUUUUGCGUCUUUAGUGAUGAUUUCAAAGUUCAAGCUUGUGGAUAACAGCAUCAAGGACGAUAUGGAGGUUAAAAGCAUGGGACACGCCGGUUGGUGUGGACCUGAGUGUGAUUUAUACAAAGGAAAACGUAUAUUGAAAAGCAGUUUGGGAAACUACUCGCCGCCAGUUAUUGGUGAUGAUUUGGAUGCGCCACGGAUGACCGUCUCCAACACUACUGCGUCUACUUGGGAUGUACACGUUAUGAACUGCAGUGAAGAUUCAGCCGUAAGGGAAAACGAUUGGUUUCGACGUUUGGACACGAGGUUCCACCAGUUUGUGUUGCAUAGACAUUGUCGAUAUUUCCCAAUGUUGAUAAACCAUCCGGAUAAGUGCAGGAAUGGAGACGUGCACUUGCUCAUGGUGGUGAAAUCCGUUAUAGAGCAGCAUGAUAGGCGAGAGGCAGUGCGUAAUACCUGGGGUAGGGAACAAACAAUUGAUGGUAAGAGAAUAAAAACGCUGUUUCUCCUUGGAAGCGCUACAAAUGGCAAAGACACUAAAAACCUUCAAAAGUUGAUUGAGUAUGAGGACAUGAUAUAUGGAGACAUUCUACAAUGGGAUUUUAUGGACACAUUUUUCAACCUCACCUUGAAAGAGGUAAAUUUUCUGAAAUGGUUUGAUAUUCACUGCUGCAGUGCCAAGUUUAUAUUCAAAGGGGAUGAUGACGUUUUCGUGAAUACAAAUAACUUGCUGGAACUUAUUCGUUUCAAGACUGAGGACCGCAAUGUUCUAAAUGUAUUUGUUGGGGACACCAUCUCCAAAGCCAUACCCAUCAGAAACCGCCAGAGCAAAUAUUACAUCCCCAAAGAGCUAUUUGACAGACCGUACCCACCUUAUGUUGGUGGUGGUGGGUUUUUAAUGUCCUCACAAUUAGCUCGGAGACUGUUCGUGGUUUCAGAGGACUUGGAGCUCUAUCCGAUUGAUGAUGUCUUUUUGGGAAUGUGCCUCCAGAAGCUUCACUUGGCACCUGAGAUGCACCCGGGAUUUAGGACCUUUGGCAUCAUGAAACGCAGAGUGAGCCCAAUGAACAGCGAACCGUGCUUUUUCAAAAACCUAAUCGUAGUCCAUAAACUGAGCCCUCAGGAGCUACUCAUGAUGUGGAGCGUAGUAGAAAAUAAGGAGCUGGUUUGCGCCAAAAGGACUGCACCAUGAGUGUCAACCUACAGCUCAAAAGGACUCAAAGGUUAUGCAAAAAUAUUGUACGAUUUUAUAAUUGAAUUGUAAUAUUUGUAUGUAGGCCUAGUAGGGCACUAAAAAUAUCCAACUAAGAAAGAAUGUGAGAACAAUCACGCAGUGAUUUUUUUUAAACAAAUGUUUAUGAAUGACAUUCUUUCAUUCUCACCUACCUGUUUGUUAAUGUUUUUUCUAAUGUAGAUAGGUAGACCCAAAUCCCAACAGGAAAACCAAAAAAGUAAAUGCACAUUCCUUAGGUCUACAAGAUGAACCACUUUUUCAGCCAAAUCUGUAAAUAAAUGGCAGCCUUUGACACUGAAAAACCCUUUUCAUGCUACAGUUUUAGUGCUUUUGAGAUGAUGGAUGUGUUAGUAACACUGAAAAGGUGGAGAUUACAUGAAAAUAUAAUUAGGUACAAAAUCUAUAACACAUAUUGAAUUAUAUUUUAAGAGUCAAAACUUGUUUUUGGUUUGAUGUUUGUAACAGAUUCAAUAAAUAUGUAUUUGUUA